AUGAACGCCUCAUAUGCUCGCCGUGACCCCACUCCUGUGGAAGAAGCAAUGCGUCACAUCGCCAUGGUAACCAACGUGAUCAUCCUCAUUCUGGGUGUUUCCGGCAACGGGCUGGUGAUAUGGGCCAUAGCCCGGCGGAAGAAGCGCAACACCUUCACCUCAAUCUGCUACCUCAACAUGGCUGUGGCGGACCUCCUCUUCUCCGCUGGCCGCAUCCCUGCCCUCGUGCAGGAGAUCCAGUAUGGCCGCUGGCCCUUUGGCAUGGUCUUGUGCAAGCUCCAUUCCUUUGCCCGCUACCUCACCGUCUUCACCAGUGUCUUCAUCCUUACUCUCAUCAGUGUCUACCGCUGCCUGUUGGUAGCACGGCCCGUUUGGGCCCGGAACCACCGGAGUCUUCGCUUUCAGGCCUGGAUGUGCACCGGGGCGUGGCUCCUAGCUUUUGCCCUCAGCGUGCCCUACCUGGUGCUCCGCCAUGUUGACAUCAAAGAUGGUGCAGCCUAUUGCGUCUAUCGGAAAGACCUCAAGAUCUCCACAGAGCUGCCCAUAAGGCUGAGCAGGUUCUUGGCAGGAUUCCUCAUACCCUUCGUCAUCAUUGCCUCGGCCUACUUGGUUCUGACCUGUAAGAUUCGCAAGCUGCGCUGGGAAGGCUCCCACAAAACCUUCACGCUGGUGGCCACUAUUGUGGUGCUCUUCUUUGCCUGUUGGCUUCCCCACCACGUCUUUGUGCUCAUCAGCACGCUCAUGGCUGAUAAGGGUAAAUGGGGUGUUGGUCUCAAGCUGUCCAAUGCUCUGGCCUACCUCUAUUGCUGCAUCAACCCUGUAAUCUAUGGCACUGUGGGAUGCAUCCGAAGCAGAGGCCGCCGCCGCCGCCAACAGGCAUCCUUCCUGGGGAUCUUCCGCAAGGCACUGACUGAAGACGACGAAAGCUCUACUGGGCCAGAAGCAUCUCGGAGCCUUAGCCGGAAGUCCUAA